GCACUAGGCUCAAAACUAAAGGUGACCAAGCUUUCAAAUCAGUGGCUCCUGAAUUGUGGAAUCCUCUUCCACCGGACUUAAGACUUAAAAGUCUCAUCUCUUCAGACAGUUGGACUGGUCGUGUGUUCUUUUUUUCUCGCCGUUGUGAUGAAGCCGUUGAUCUUGGUAGCUGCUUUACUGGCCGUGACCAGUGCUGCCAGCAUAUCUCUGGAGGACCCAGAGGUCCAUGCCUCUAAAACUGCGAUGCAGAGGAAAAAGGAACAUGACGUGGAACUCUAUGACAAUAACAGCGGAGAUAUAGACCAGGAAUUUGAGAUCUGGAAGAAGAAAUAUGGUAAGACCUACGCUACCCCUGAAGAGGAGGCUGGUCGGAGGCAGGCCUGGCUGGAGACCAGGGUCAGGGUGACGGAGCACAACCGCAAGUAUCUGGCCGGGAAGUCGACUUGGCAAAAGGGGGUGAACAUGUUCGCUGACAGGCUUGAAGAAUAUUGCAAGCCAACGAUCUCGAUGCGCCAACUCGGAACUGUAUGUCUGCUUUUGAACUCCGGAAGAAACACACGCCUUUACACGAUGUCGGGGGAUGAGGAAGAGGACGUGGCAACGUCGGGGGAAGAGGAAGGGGACGUGGAACUCUAUGACAAUAACAGUGGGAAUAUAGACCAGGAAUUUGAGAUCUGGAAGAAGAAAUAUGGUAAGACCUACGCUACCCCUGAAGAGGAGGCUCGUCGGAAGCAGGCCUGGCUGGAGACCAGGGUCAGGGUGACGGAGCACAACCGCAACUAUCUGGCCGGGAAGGAGACUUGGACAAUGGGGGCGAACAUGUUCGCUGACAGGCUAGAAGGUGACCGUUGUUGCUGCAUUGGUGGUGUUGGCGGGGCUGAUGGGAUGAUAGGAAUGUUCUAGCAGUGGGCAUCGGUCUCAACGCACUGACACCUCUUCUGCUCCACCCGUCUUCUUCAUUAAAGAUGCUCUCCAUUCA